AUGGGCCGAGAUGGCCACGAACCGCUGCCUACUGAAGAGGUGACCCUACCGGCUGGCGAAGAAGAGCCAGAUCGAGGUCAAUGGACGGGAAAAUUUGACUUUCUCAUGAGCAUGAUCGCAUAUGCUGUGGGGCUUGGGAAUGUCUGGCGAUUCCCGUACCUUUGUUUUAAAAAUGGCGGCGGUUCAUUCCUUGUA